UCCGUAGGGGGGUGGGGCCUGCCAGGCAGCACGCAGACAAGUUUUCAAACUGCCGGACAAACAAAAUUGACUCUGCCAAGCAGGAAACCGGGAAGUAGCGUCUGGAAAGGACGCGCUGUGUGUCCUCCUGGGAGCGGAUCAAAGCAGUGUAGUGUUCGAACUCAUGCGUAACGUGUUUAUUCAUUCUUUUCUUUUGGGGUUGGGCUGUUAAGUGAAGACGCCUUGUCGUAGAGUCGUGUGCGUCUAUGUUAGUGCCCAUAAAUCAGGACACACUUGCCACAGCGUGUUGGCGGCGGUGGGCUGAGGAGGAGCCAGCGUUUGGAGUUGGAAGUAUCCAGUGAUCAAUCCGCCUCAUGUGGAGCGCCCGCCCACUGGGCUUUCCGCGGAGCGAUAGUGGAGGACUGAUAACAGUCUGCGGGAUUGUGCCGAGGAGAAAGCCGCCGCCUGCCUCGCUGCCGUCGGAGACGGGGAAGGGGGCACUUCUCUCAAGGACUACGACUGCAGCCUGACUGUCGGAUCUCCGCAUUCCCCCGCGCGGAGCCAGGUCACUUGGGACCUCUUUUACCCCCCCCCCCCCCCCCAUUCUUGUCGCCGAGGAGCCUGCGAGCGUGAGUCGCCUCCGCAGCCGUGGGUUGGGUCGCCCGGGCGCCAGGCGCACGCACACGUCGGCGGCGAUAAGAAGCACAGAGGUGAGAGUGGAGGAGGACGGACAGGGGAAGCAUCAGCCCCAGAUCUGUUUUUGUUCCCCCCCCCCCAGCAGCAGAAGGAGGAGGAGGAGGAGGACACGGGAGAGGUGAGUCGGACGCCCGCUGUGGAUUUGACUCUCAACGAGCCUCGGCUGCUUUUUUUUUUCUUCUUGUCGCCCGGGAUUUGUAGAUCAUCUUCUUCUCCUCCUCUCUGAUUCAGGACCGGCGGUUAACCACAUUGUCAAACCCCGACCAGACACCGCCUCCUCGACCAAAGGGAAUAGCUGUUGCAAGCGGAUCUGCGGACACACACACACACACACACACACACACACACACGAUGGCAACCGGUGCGCUCCUCGUCGCCUGCGCGCUGCUUGCCGGCGUUGCCGUGGCUCAGAGAGUCGUGACGGUGGAGAGUGGACCCCUGGUACGGACUGAGGGCUCCCACGUGACCAUCUGGUGCAACGUGACGGGCUACAAAGAGGGGGUGGAGCAGGACUUUGAGUGGUCCAUGUACCUGGCAGCGGCGCAGGACCGGGAGAUCCGCAUUGUGAGCACGGCUCAGCCGAACUAUGCCUACGCUGUGUACGCCCAAAGGGUGAAUAGUAAAGAGAUCUUUGUGGAGAGGCUUAGCCGCGACUCAGCUGUGCUCCACAUCACCAAAGUGCAGGCCAAGGACCAGGGUCUGUUUGAGUGUUACACGCCCAACACAGACGGGCGCUACCUUGGAUCCUACAGCGCACGCACCAACCUCACUGUCAUCGCUGACUCAUUGACGGUAUCGGCUCCAGCCCAGACUCUGUCCAAGGUGGAAGGGGACACACUGCAGCUCACCUGUGAGGUGUCCCGGACCACAGAGCAGCACACUCACUUGUCAGUGGGCUGGUACCUGCGAUCUCCGGAGGAUGCGACUGCCCCGCCUCAGGAGCUGGUCACCUUGUCGCGGGACUUUGUCCUCCGCUCUGGCGGACCGUACCGGCAGAGGAUGGCGGCGGGGGACCUCAGGCUGGAUAAAACCAGCGCCACAUCCUACAGGCUGACCAUACACAAGCUGCAGCCCGUGGACCAGGGCCUGCUCUACUGCCAGGCUGCGGAGUGGAUCCAGGACACAGACGGCAGUUGGUUCGCCAUGACCCGCAAGCAGAGUGAAAAGAUUCAGCUCCGCAUUCAGCCCACCGAUCGGGACUUCAGCAUCCAGGUGAGCACGGAGCGACGGUCCUUCACGGCCGGUGAGCCGCUGGAGCUUCGCUGCACCAUUGAGGCCCAGAAUGUCCCCGAGCGCUUCUUCUCGGUGUCGUGGGUCUUCAGCAGCUCACCGGUGGCCGUGGUGGGCCCCAGUGCCGUGCCUGUCCUGGGCCCCGAUUACGUCGCCCGCGAGGCGGCUGGUCACAUGACCAUACGCAAGGAGAGCACCAGUGUGCACCUGCUCAAGCUGCAGCACCUACGCCCGGAAGAUGCCGGGAAGUACAUCUGCCGCGUGACCGAGCGGGAGAAGACCCCCACGGGAGACUUCAUCGACCGCAGCAAGAGGUCUCGCAACGUCCAGAUCACGGUCCAGCCGCUCAAGAGCAACAUCACUGUGUCGUUGUCCAGCAACUCUUCAGAGGUCCUAGAGGGCGACGCGAUCCAGUUGACCUGCUCGGUCCAGUCCACUACAGGGCCGCUGUCCGUCGCCUGGCAUUGGACAGAUAAGCAGACGACCGAACUGACCCAGGAGGUGGCCUCCGUGGACCGGGACGGCACGGUUUGGCACAGCCCCACCUACAGGGAGCGCUCCAGUUACGGGGAGAUACGCGUGGAGAGGGUGCGAUCAGACACAUUCUCUCUGUCCCUGUACAACGCCUUACCGGGGGACGAGGGCCAGUACCGCUGCACGGCCACUGAAUGGUUUCAGACGGGCACCGAGCCGGAGCUGAACUGGGAGAAGAUAGGCGAGAGGUCGGCCACCAAGACGGUCACCGUCAAGACUGUUGAGUCCUCCUUCAUGGUGUCAGCCUCAUCACGAACACCGUCUGUGACCUUUGGAGACUCAUUUGACCUCCUGUGCCUGGUCAAGCCCAGACACAACCCUCGCGUUCCCACUUCCGUCACCUGGCGCUUCAUGCCGGCUGGCUCAGAGGCUGAUGACGAGGAUGUGGGAGAGUUCAAAGAGCUGGUGACUUUCACCCGAGAGGGGACGCUGCAGUGGGGUGAGCAGUUGCUCGGGCUGGGCACCCGCACCACAGUGGACCGGUCCCACUCCAACACCAACUUCCGUCUGUCAGUGACCCGUGCGGGGCGCCGCGAGGCGGGCAAGUACCAGUGCAGCGCUGUCCUCUGGAGGAGAAACUACGACAACAGCUGGAGCAGAGUGGCCAACCGCACUUCUAACCUGCUUGGCAUCAGUGUCCUGCAGCCAGAAAGUAAGCUCCGAGUGCAAAAGAACAACCAGUCUCAGGUGUACCCGGAGGACAGCCGUGUCAGGAUCAAUUGCUCCAUCACCUCCCAGACCAGCCAGGACUCCCAGCAUGCUGUGCUGUGGUACGUGAGGCGCGCGACAGGGUCAGAAGCUGACGAGCUCCUGUUGAGAAUUGAACGCUCGGGGGCCUUUGAGUAUGGCGCCUACGCAGAGGAGGAGAGGCUGCGGCGUCGUGUGCAGGCCGAGAGGCUGUCAUCCCGCUCCUAUGUGCUGACGCUGAACAGGGCUGAGAGCAGCGACUCUGGGACGUACUACUGCCUGGUGGAGGAGUGGCUGAGUGACCCAGAUGGAACCUGGUAUCGACUCUCCCGGGAGCCCUCGGGGUUCACGAAGGUUCUGGUCAGACAGCCAGAGAUUCGACUGCAGGUCGAGGAGUUGGAGUCAAACGUGACGGUGGAAGAGUCCGGUUCAAUCCGACUGGGCUGUAGCAUUCCUUUCCAGUCGUCCCGAGACUCCCGCUUCUCCGUGUCGUGGUACGUGGAGCACGCCGAGGACGAGGACAGCGAGGACCAGCCGGUUCAGGAGGAAAGGGAGCGGGAGUGCGUGUUCUCCAUUGGCCACGAUGCCGUUUUUGGAAAUGGAAACUGCAGCCCUAGAGAGGAGGCCGGGCCUAAUUCCCGCCUGCAGUUUGAGAGGAUGGCGUCCGACCAGUACAGCCUGACCAUUCAAGGGGCCCGGCCAACAGAUGCAGGCCGAUACUACUGCCACGUAGAGGAGUGGCUGCUCAACCCCCGCAAUGCAUGGUACCGACUGGCCACCAACAACUCUGGGUUCACUAUCGUCAAUGUACUGCAACAAGUGUCCAGCCUCCAGUCCGUGGUGUGCUCCAACGAGUCCCUCUUCUACUUUGUCUUCUUUUACCCCUUCCCCAUCUUCGGGAUCCUGCUCAUCGCCCUGCUGCUCGUGCGCUACAAGAGCCGCAGCAACAGCAAGAGCCAGGAAGGCAAAAACGGCGCCCCCCUCCUGUGGAUUAAAGAACCCCACCUCAGCUACUCUCCCACCUGUUUGGACCCACCUGCACUCAGCCUGCACCCCGGCUCCGUUGACUAAGCGAGGGUGCCCCCUCCGUACUGUCCCGCACUCACUGCGGAUCCAGCCAACACAAUGCCAGGGAGCAAAACGGACUCCACCUUCAGACCUUACUGUCGUUCACUGCGUUGUUGAAUUAGUCAAUCAGUUGAUCAGUUUAAAGAUUCCUUCCCUGAUUGCUGCCUGUUUUAUGUUAACAACUGUGUGUCUCUGGGUGCGUGUGGGUGUGUGGACUAGAGUGAGUGUGCCAUGUUAGCACAAUUAAUUGUAUGAGUGCAAAUUGAAGGACAAGAGAGUAUCACAAGCCUCUCUCUCUCUCUUUUAUUUAUUUUUUUUUCUGCAAAACUUAAUCUCAUAGCUGCAUUUUGAUUUUUAUUACUCUGAAUAUGUGUCUAUUUUUCAAAAGAGAAGAAAACUGCGCAAAUGAGAUCGCCGGCCAAUCCGGGAAGAAGAUUUAAGAGAGGGAACUCUAUAAUGGACUCUGGCACUGAGCGGAUGCCAAAAAAAAAAAAGUCUCCGCGCUGAUCCAAGUGAGGCCACAGCCUGGCCCACUAUGUUGGUUGCCAUAGUGAUGCUCUGUGCCCCCUGACUUCGUAGCUGAUGACUUGGUUUCCAGCCUGCAUAGAGACAAAGGCAAGGACACACAAGUCUGUGUCCGAAGUGAGGAUGUGUGUAUGUGUGUUGGCCCACCUGCCUCCACAAUGAAUUUGCCUUGGCAGACAGAAACAGGUCCUGGUGCGCCACUUAAACACUGCCAGACACUCUGGCCUUAGCGAGAGACUGCUCCGCUCUUCUCUUCUAUCCUCCUCCUCUCCCAAAAGGGAACGGCGAGAGAAAGCGAGGGAGGGAGGUCAGAAAUGAUGGAGAAUAAAUGAACAGCUCUCUCCUGCUGAGGAUAUACGUUCUUCAACACAUGGGAUUUUUUCCAGUACCAUGUCCUCCUUUUUUCCACGCUGUCCUCUGCAGCCAGUAUUUGAAGUUUUAAAGUGUGGAGAGAAAGCUGAUUGGCUCCGAGGCAGAUUGUGAAUAUGUCUGUUUACCGCCUGCUGUGGGUUUAUGGGCCUUGUGGGCAAAAAGGGCGAUUCUACACCCAUGUUAAAUCAGUUGAAUUGUCCUUCAUAAAUUGCACAGCGGGGGUCAAUGACUGAAAUUGAAUUCUUGCACAUUUCUUUAAGUUGCCCAGUAUGACCACUCUGCUGUCCCAUCUUCAGAAGAUAUCAGAAGCUCAAAAGAUGCAUAUAAGUUUAAAGAUCUGUUAAGAGCCACACUUCAGAUUACUAAUGUGUAGAUGUGUAGUGAAAACACUCUAAAAAUGUACUCUGCACACUAUAAGGAAACAAAUUGUCUUUUGUGUUUAUUUUAAAGAUUUUUCUAUUUAUUGUUUUAUACUACUUUGCAGAGCUUUGUAAGAUUUUUUUCUUUUUGCUUUGAAAUUCUCUAAAAACGUGCUGCUUGUGUUGCCAGGCAACUGCACCAAGCAGAUUAUGUCAAUAGCCUUGUGUGUUGGCAAUGUGGUAGAUGUAGAAAUGCUAGAUUUGUCCUGCGCAUUGCAGUCUGUAGCAUUUCACACCAGAUUGUUGAGUUUGGUCAGUGUCAAAACACUGUAUAUCUAUAUCUAUAAUGGAAUUUAACUGUGGCUUUACAUGUACAGUAGUUGAACAGACAAGUCACAAAAUGGAUUCACUUAAUGCUUUUUUUUUUUGCUUGAGUCGCAUUUAUUUAGUGAAAUGUGAUGUAACACCUGCGUAGGAUGUUUGAUCCGAGUCCACCGAAACUGAACUGUUACCACGUCGUCUUCUAAUCAUGGAUUCUAGCUGAAGGUGCGUCCCUUCAGUUCCCCCUGACAAAAGGCAGAAGGGUUGAAAAUCAGUCACUUUCCCCUGGAAUGCAACGGCCCGGGGACGUGAGGAAUCCUUUACCUGACCCGGGCCGAAACCCUUUCACUGCCAGACUGGACAUGAACACUCUUGGAAGAAAAGAAUUGACAUUGUUGUCUCAAUUGUGUCAAACAUGUAUAUUGCAUGAGUAUUGCAGGAGGAAUUUUGAUGUUUUGUAAACUUUGAACUCUUUGAGCAUUGUGUUUGUGUGACAGAGCAGUGCCCAACCCCCUCUCCCCCGAGCCAACACAAAGCCCCCCCCCCCCCCCCCCCCCCCGACUGCCAAUGAUGCCCAUUGAACCUAUGAAGUAAUCUAUGACAAGAAUGGGUGUUGUGGAGAUUGUGGUGUUCUUUUUUAAAGCCUUGCUUUCAUGCAGCACUUCAUUAAACCGAUUUAUGCCAUAAAAAUCCAAAAAGUACGUAGCCGAUACUGACACAAGCCACGAGUUCUGCUAUUUCAACGUGCGUCGCCGUUUUUCAAGGAAGUCGGUCCAUUACAAGUAGACCAGACCGUUGCCAAGUGGAGAAGAGCUGGGACUGUUUAGUCGGGGGAGUCAGAAAUGUCACGAAUGUGCAGCGAAUUCAGCUACAACUAAAUCGAUCGAUGUAAAAGAAAAGGCCCAUCAUUUACCUGCCUGUCUAAUCAUUCAUAACCACGUGUUUCCUUUUCUUUUCUUUUUUUCAUAAAAGAGCCACUGAUGUGAAUUCAUAAGUUUGGUCAGUUUGCACACGGCAUCAGUUAGGUAUAAGGUGCCGGACAAAAGCAUCAUACAAUGGGGAAAAAGAUAGUCCACACUGAAUAUUGCAAGCUCCCAAGUAGUUGAUGAGGCAACAUUUCAACUAGAAAGGUCCCACCCCCAUGUGGGAAAAGAAAGGUUUGAAAAGUCCAAUUACAAUUAGGAGAAAACACCUGAUACGAAAACCUGCUAUGAACAAAAACAUUACCCACUAUUUUCCUAAAACUGGGUGUAUUUUUGACAAAUAUACAACAAUAGAAAUAUGCACAAUGUUGUAAUUGUGCAUGAGAAAGAUACAUUUGUAAAUAGUCGGUUUGUUUUCUGCAUCUGCAUUUGUAUAUAAAGUAAAUCCACUUCUUCCCUUACGUUACAAAACGUUUUGUCCAAAGCGACUUACGAGUGCAUUCAACCGUGAAGAUAUUUCCCAGAAAGUGAAAGAAUCGUGAGAGUAAAUUAACAUUUACUAAACGGGCAAAAACAGCUUCAAGUGCUCCAUUUCAGAUUAUUUAUUUUGUAUUAGUAUUUUUUUAUUCAAGGACUAGGGUGCAGUCUGAACAGGUUGUUUUUUCAGUCUGCUACGGAAACAUUGCAGGGAUUCUGCUGCCCUGUUGUCAAUGGCGAGCUCGUUCCACCUUUGAGGAACCGGUACAGCAGGCGGACGGGAUUUAGUUGAGCGGUGGCUGCCCGCCCCUCGCAGUGAGGGAGCAGCAAGCCCUUUGGCAGUGGCAGCGCACAGUAGUGGACGGGCUGUGGAGUGGGGGUUAACCAUGGUGUUUGCCUAACAAAGACCUUGGUGGUUUGAAAUGUCGCAUCAUUAAAUUGCAAUAUUCAGUGUGUGAACUACCUUCUCUUUUACCAAUACAAACAGUCUUUAACCCCCUGUUGCUAUUUGAUGUGAUGCUGGUGCAAGUCAGAAGUGCAUACAUCUAUAUUUAUAUAUAUAUAUAUAAUGUAUGAACAGCAGGAAAGCCAUUCUGUUUCAUUUCAGGCCCAAUAGUAUCUCCAGGAAUAAUUGAUGGAGCUCGUGUGAUUUGACCAUAAUGGAGGCAAAUCUUGCAUUUGCAUCGGCAGUAAAUGCUUAAAAGCAAGUUUUGCUGAGUUUUUUGUGAGGCACAAUCCUCGAGGUAAUUGGGUACAUUGUGCCGCAGCUUCACCGUAUAAAUUACAUAAUUCCAGUCUUCAUUCACUCAAAAUUAAACCCAUUUCAUCUUUGUAGACUUGCCGCCAUCGUUUGAGCUGCACACACUUCAUGGUUGUUGUUUUUUUUGUAAUAACAAUAACAUUAAAACCAUUCAUCGCUGCCUCCCAGGAUUCCUCCGGACAUUCUGACAGUGUUGUAGCUGCGUUCCGAGGGCUGCAUGUUUUGGCUGUGUGCUGGCUCCAGAUUUAGGUGUAAAAUAGUUUGUGGUGAUGUUUUCAGUUCAGCCAGUGAUGCUUUAUUUUCAGUGAUGUAUUUUUAUAUGGCCAUGGUUUGUUUUAUUUUCAUUUUCUUUUGUUAUUUAAUCCAAUAGUUGCCAUCGUGAACAUUAAAAAGGCACUUUGCUAUUGUCAGUUUAUUGCAAUAAAAUACAUUCGGUGCAA